AUGAACUUCCUCACCGCGAUCAAGAAGCCCGAGCACUUCGACAGCUGGCUCUUUGGCGACGAUGUCGCGGACCCGCGCCCGCCAUUGGCGCCGACAGCGAACCGGUCGACGCCUGCGUCGCCGAUGGCCGACGACCAUAGGCCAUCGUCCGCCAGCACCAAGCUCGCGCAGGCCGCGACGGCGAUCCAGGACAAGUACAAGAAGUUGGCCAAGAACAACAUGAACGACAAGACGAUCUCUAGCAGCUAUCCGAUGCCACUGAGCAAGAAGUUUCGCAAGUACCUUCGCGACAAGCAGCGCGCCGCCAUGGACGAAAAGCAGCGCCGGCUCUUGCAGCUCUCGGAAGUCAGCCGCCUCCGCGCGCACGCGCUGUUCUCGCUGCACGAGAUUGACCCAAAGAAGCUGCCGCGCCUUCUCGAUUUCUUGGCCAAGACGACUGACGACGGCAACUACCACCACGUCCUUCUCUUCGUCCUAGGCUCGAGGAAGAGCGCGACGCGGCGCGCCUGCAGCAUCUCGGCGACGCUCGAGCUCGAAGAGAUGGUGCUGGUGAGCGUCCAGACCGACGACAUUGGCUGGGUCGGGUUUCGCCCGAUCCAGCACCUCGCGUUCAAGCGGCUCACGCGCGAAGAGCUGCCGCGGAUCCUCAAAAGCACCGAGUACCUCGACAUGCUGCAGGUCUCGGAGCACACGGCCGCCUUUGUGCCCCUCGAUCGGACUGCCUAUGACAGCAGCUCGACGUGGGAAUCACCCCCGCUCGUGCUUCGGCGCACCUCGGAGUCUGCACCGAGCAUCUCGGCAGCGGACGAGCGCAUCAAUCUCGACGAAGCCGACUUGCCUCUUCCACCUCCAACCGUAGCGACUGCUCGCGAUGAUCGCGUCGAAGCUCUUCUUUCGAUGCUUAUCAAGCGUGUCGAGGAAGUGCAAGAAGAGCUCCAUGACAACGCGAUCGCAAUCCAACGCCUUGAAGAGCGGGUCAUCAGCAGCACGAUCGCAAUCGACGACUUCGCGAUCCAAGUCGCCAACGUGGUCAAGGUGCACAACGCGAACGGCCAGUUUGCCGCCAAGGCCAACAUCCAGAACCAGCACGGCCUCGAGAUCACGCCGAUUUGCACCCAAAAGCACACGGUGACGCCGCCCGAGCAUCUCGUGCAGCUCGGCCAGAUCAACACGGUCUGCGACGCCGCUGAGCGGCCGAUCCACCAAAAAGCCCAAAAACUGAGCCAGGUUGAGCGCGACUGCGGCAUCGGCCCCGAGACGAGCCACGGACUCUUGCAGAAAGACGAGUCGCUGCAUGCGGCCAAGCGCUCGCGUCAUCUGUUCGCCACGACUCUUGUCGUCUUGGCGUGGGUUGUGGCCCUAGUGGCCUUUGUGUUUCUCCUCGGCGAGUAUACGACGUGUUUGCAGCAUGCGACCCCCAAAGUCGCCAUGGGUUUCAUCCAGAGCGCACACGAAGCGAUUCGUUCGCUUGUGCUGGAUCCGUCUGUGCCACUGGGGUUUCUGAGCACGCUUCAGCUCGUCGGGUACCUCGAUAUGCUGUUGUACGGCGAUUGA